UCAGUUUGCUCCAGCUCCUCAUAGCGGUCGGUCGCUCGCUGCUGGUUGCGCGCUCACACACACACACACGCAGUGGAGGCAGGAAUUUUUGGGGAGUGGAAAUUCCACUGUUACUUUCGCGGCUCGAGUCGUGUCGCUGGCAUUCAGCAGUCCGAGCAGACAGACACAGAGAGAGAGAGAGACAGAGAGACAGACAGAGCUGGAGGUCCGAUGUUCUCCGCGCUUGGUUUUUACUGAACACCGACCCACUCGUGAUUCUGUUCCUUCUCGACUUGGAAGUAACACCAUCAGCGGUGCUCUGCCCUCAGAAGUGAGAGGUUUGAUGAAGAAUCUUUGGCGCACAGCUGCCGCUAUUGGCGAGCGGAUUUCUCCCUUUUGACUCUCGCCUGUGUGUUCGGAUUAUUCUCUCUAUCGUUUGGUUUUCUCCGGGAGAUCGUUAACUUGCUCCCUGUCAGACGCAGCAGGGCUCCUGGUGCUGAAGCCCGCAGGAUGCUGGAAAACCUACAACCACCACAUCUCUACCUUUGAGACAAUCCCCUUCCCCUGUUUUUGGACCUAAAAUUGCUCUGGACGUUGUUGUCUUUUAAUUUAUCCUUUUUAAUUUUUUUUUUAUUUUCCGUGUUGAACACAAUCUGACAAGGAUGCUUUGUGGAUUUCUAUUGUUCCUUUUUAGCCAAGUCCUCUUGGUUGCUUCGUUGACACAGACUGAUAAAUGUGGGGGAAACAUAGAGAUAGACAUCGCGGACUACCUGACCUCCCCGGGCUAUCCCGGCGCCUACCCGCCCUCCCAGCAGUGCGUGUGGGUGAUAACUGCGCCAGAGCCUGGUCAGAAGAUCCUCAUCAACUUCAACCCACAUUUUGACCUGGAGGACAGAGACUGCAAGUACGACUACGUGGAGGUUUAUAACGGCGGGGACGAGCUUUCGCCCAUGCUGGGAAAGUUCUGCGGGAAGAUCGCGCCGUCGCCGAUCAUCUCCAGCGGCGGCCAACUGCUCAUCAAGUUUGUCUCCGACUACGAGACGCACGGAGCUGGAUUCUCUGUUCGCUACGAGGUCUUCAAGACAGGUCCAGAAUGCUCCAGAAACUUCACAGCUCCCCGGGGAGUCAUCAAGACGAUUCCCAGACAUAUCUACUACAGCAAGUUCAUGUUGGUAGACGUGUUCAGGGUCGGUCUCUUGGCUCGUGUACGAAGUUUCGAGCAGAUCGUGGGCCCCCACAUUGGCAGAUACUGUGGACAGACCUCACCGGGCCGCGUGAUCUCCUACACCGGCAUCCUGUCCAUGACCAUCACGACUGACAGCGCCAUCGCCAAAGAGGGAUUCUCCGCCAACUACACCAUCCGUGAGAGGAACCUCCCCCCGGGACACGAGGACGAGGAUUUCGCUUGUAUGGAGCCUCUGGGGAUGGAGUCAGGAGAAAUCUCUUCAGAUCAGAUCACUGCCUCCUCCCAGUACAACUCCAACUGGUCGCCCGAACGCUCGCGUCUCAACUACGCGGAGAACGGCUGGACGCCGUCGGACGACACCAUCAAGGAGUGGAUACAGGUGGACUUGGGUUUUCUCAGAUUCAUCACAGCCAUCGGGACGCAGGGAGCGAUCUCAAAAGAGACCAAGAAGCACUAUUUUGUUCGCUCGUUCAAGGUAGACCUGAGCUCCAACGGAGAGGACUGGGUCCCAGUGAAGGAGGGCCCCAAGCAGAAGAUCUUUCAGGGGAACCACAAUGCAAUGGACGAAGUUCACGCCCUCCUUCCCAAACAGUCUCUGGCUCGUUACGUCCGCAUCCGCCCCAUGACCUGGGAGCAAGGCAUCUGCAUGCGCUUCGAGGUCUAUGGCUGCAGAACGUCAGACUACCCGUGUUCAGGGAUGUUGGGGAUGGUGUCGGGUCAGAUCUCCGAUGCACAGAUCAGCGCCUCGUCUUACGCCGACCGGGGCUGGGUUGCUGAGAACGCUCGCCUAUUAACGGGGAGGUCAGGCUGGACCGGGCAGCAGACCAAGCAGCCUUUCAGAAACGAGUGGCUGCAGGUGGAUCUGGGCCAGGACAAGUUUGUGAGCGGUGUGUUGAUCCAGGGAGGGAAACACCGUGACAGGAACGUCUUCAUGAGGAAGUUUAAAGUGGGCUACAGUCUGUAUGGAGAGGACUGGACUUUCAUCAAAGAGGAAAACACCACCAGGCCAAAGGUUUUCUCCGGGAACCAGAACCACGACACUCCAGAGCUGAGGUCCAUGGUUCCGUUCAUCACGCGCUUUGUCAGGAUCUACCCAGAGCGAGCGACCUCCGAGGGCCUGGGCCUCCGACUGGAGCUUCUGGGAUGUGAACUGGAAGAAAUCACCACGACAGCUCCUCCCACCACACCCAUGGCCUCCACACUUCCCAUGACCACGUUUGGUGCCACCACCACAGCGCCCAUCACCGUGCCGGGCACCACCGGGACCACGGACUGUGACGGAGGACAAGAGCGCUGCGGCGGCGAGACGGACGCGCCCGACGACUACGACACAGCGACAGCAGGAGGCACGGCGGCGCCUGACCCAAUCCUGGACUUCAUGCCAGCCUACGUGUGGUUCGCCUGUAACUUUGAGUUCUCGUCGUUCUGCGGCUGGUCCAGAGAGACCGGCGCAGGAGCGGAGUGGCUCAUCCAGACCAAUGACGCCGCUUCUGUCCACAGAGGCCCCGCCCAUGACCACGCAGGCAGAAUGGGGAACUUCAUCUAUAUGCAGUUGCUGGACAGAGAGACACACGGUAAAAUGGGUGAAGGCGAGGAUGAAGAGGAGGAGGAGGAGGAGGAGGAGGAGAGAGUGGCCAGGCUGGCCAGUCUGCCCAUCACGGCAGCGGACGCCGACCUGUGCAUGUCCUUCUGGUAUCACAUGUUCGGCGAGCACGCGGGUUCCCUCCACAUCAAGCAGAGGAAGGAGACGGAGGCGGAGCAGAUGCUGUGGACACUCAGUGGACACAAGGACAAGCGCUGGAGGGAGGGACGGGUUCUACUGCCACACUCCAGUGUCUCAUAUCAGGUGGUGGUGGAAGGAGUUGCAGACAGACACAGCACAGGUCACAUAGCUGUGGACAACAUCCAGAUCUUGGAUGGGAUCAAUGCAGAUGAGUGCAAGGAUCCAGAAACUCCUACGUCUCCGCCAACUGAGAUCAUCAUCUUACCGAUGGACUCGCUGUCUCAGGAGACCAGCGAGCUUGGAGGACCGGGCAACAUGCUGAAGACCCUGGACCCCAUCCUCAUCACCAUCAUCGCCAUGUCCGCGCUGGGCGUCUUCCUGGGCGCCAUCUGUGGCGUGGUGCUGUACUGCGCCUGCUCUCAGGGCAGCAUGACGGACAGGAACUUAUCCGCCCUGGAAAACUAUAACUUUGAGCUGGUGGACGGCGUGAAGCUAAAGAAGGACAAGAUGAACGGACAGACUAACUAUUCAGAGGCGUGAGGCGAGACGAGAGGCGGAGCCGAGGUCACUCCGCGUGGACACAUGAUGCAGCCAAUCAAGCGGGGAGGAGCAACACGGGGGAGGCGCUGAUGCCACAGAUGGGACAGCAGGGUGGGCUGAACGUGAGCCGAUGUAAUUUUAUUUCUCAGGAGCGGCGGCGGUGGAAGGGACCGACCUGUAGGGGGCACUGUGUAUAAAGAAUCUGUACAGCAAAAAACAAACAAAAAACAAAACAUAGAGCAAGAAAACUAAGGAUUCUAUUUGUUUUUCGAUGUGCUUUGUUGAGUUCAUGUAACCACACGCUGGUGUUGAGACCAAUUCAGAUGAAAGUAUUGUUUGUGUACUUUUAUGGUUGUUUUUCUUGUCAUAAUUUCACAAAAAGAGCAGAAUGUGUGUAUGUGAGUGUGUGUGUGUACUUGUAUUUAUAUCUUUGUGAGGUCCAAACCUACAAUCCUAUUUUGUGGGGACAUUUUCUCUGGGCCCCACAACUUUAAAGUGCUUUUUUUUUAAGGGUUAAGACCUGGUUUAAGGGUUAGGAAAUGCAUUACAUCUAUGAAGUGUCCUCACUAAGAUAUGAAAACAAAGUGUGUGUGACUUGUGUCUAGUUCCAACAGUGCCUUUUUUCUUUUCUUUUUUUCCGUUGCCUUGUUUUCUUUUCGGCUGGUGUUCCGUCCAGGGUUCCUACACGAAAGGAACAUUGUACCUUUUUCUUUCCCAGAUUGCGAUCGCAACACGACAAACGUUUGUGUCGUCGGCUCACACGCGUCCACCUGACACAGACAGAAACUGUCAAAACGAAGCCGGGAGUCAAGUUUUGGAAGCUCAAAAAAACGAAAUCUGGGGAACGUGUAGGAGCCCUGAAUGCCUCGCUCUCACGGCACAUGACACAUCUAACAUAUUGUACAUAGGUUUUAAUAUAUUUGCGCCCCCCCCACCCUUUUUUUUUCUGAAUAGAAAAGACACCAGUGCCGCAGCAUCCUUUCUAUGUUGGAAUUAAAUUCAGAAAAAAUGUACAAAAAUAUAUAUAUAUAUAUAUAUUAAUUUCAACAAACAGAGACACAAUCAUGUGUUUCUUUUGACACGUUUUGGGGAAUUUUGUUCUGGGAACAAGAUUUUUUUAAACUGAGAGAAUGUUUUUGAGAUUACUGAGAAGUGCAUCAUGGGAAGUGUUGUUUCCUGUACAGGGUAAAAAAAAAAAGAAAAAAAAAGACAAUGUCAGAACCACUAAGAUGCAGAAAGCAUGUGGAAGAUGGAAGAUGUUUUCAGAGAGACUUUCUCCUCACGUCCAUCGUUUGCUGGGAGGUUGUGGAUUUGUUGUGACAGUGCUGUACUCUGUCAGUGUAUUUUGACUAUCAAUGAAUCUUUUAUUAGAGCCAAACGUAGGUUUUCUGAGUCGCCAGGUGAGUAGUGGCCUGGAGACGACACACACACACAGAAUCAAGUCGGCACCGUAUCUGAGCAGAGACCCAACAGACUCAAACUUUCUUUUUCCGUCUUUUUAAUGUUUAAAUCGUGCAAAAUAUAGAUUUCAAUCACAUGACUUGCGGUUAAAGCGCCCCAGUUUGUCUCAGUACUGUUCUGCUUCUGCAGAAUCAUCAUCUGGUUCAACUUCAAUCCACGUUUCACUCACCGCUCUUUACAUCAACUAUGAACUGAUAUUAGCUACUCAAGGGAUAUUUCUGUUUUGUUUGUUUUUAAAUGAGGGCGCGUGAGAUCCUUAUGCAUAGUCACUCCAGUCCAAUUUCACUCAGACUAAGACCAAAAAUCAGUUUUCUUAAUGUCACGUAAACACGUUAGUCGGACUAUCAUACCUGGAGAGGACAGGAGAAGAGAGACGUGGGAAAAAAAGCUCUGGAAAAUACUCAAAUUAUAGCUGAAACAUGUCGUUUUCACUCUCCAAACAGAUUUAAAUUUUUAAUAUACAGCCUGGUCAUUGACGAAGUGACUUCUGAUGGAUACAGUUUGAAGAUAAUGAUAGUAAUUUGACAUAUUCUUAAUUUGAUCCAUGUCCUAUUUAUUAUUACAACCUAUACUGCAGCCAGCCACUGGGGGGCGAUCUCACCACAGAUCAGUAUCCUCUGACAGCAGAAAUAAAAUCAAGUUAAAUCAAGUUAAACAAAGGGAAAUCUGGGUAUUUUUCCGUGAAUAUUCAUUUUAAAAAAGUGGAAAUAACUCGGCACAUGCUAAUGUUAUUGAUUUAUAAAGUUUCAGUCUAAGAAUGUCACUCUGGAACCGUUUAUGAUAGAGAUUUUUGGUCAGCUGUUAACAAUUCUCACUUUCCUUUUAAACGAGACUUUUACUUUGGUGGGUUUCCUGUUUUGUAUGUAAAGGAAACUCGGAUCGGUUUGAAUCAGACUCUGGUCUGGUUUUUAGGGAACCAUUAAACCAUUUCACAAAUCCACUGGGUCUUUAACCCCCCCAUGUUCAGACCAAGAAAGGAUUCUGCAGCACUCGACGUGAAAACAAAUGUUGCACUGAUAUAUAUUUAAAAAAAAGAAAAAAAAAAUCUACGUGUUUAUGAUGUUGAUUUAUGAAAAGAGACAAAGAUGGUAGAAGAAGACAGUGUUGUUGUUGCUUUCAGACGACAGUGUUGUGACUCUGAAACUCACAGAGAUGUUUUUCAUUCUGGAAAAAGCUUAUAUCGUCUCUUUGAAGUGUAUUUCACUUGGUAUAAUAUUUUACUUUUGUCUUUUUGUACCGUCACUGAUGUACGUUUGUUUUAUUGUUUUUUUUUCAUUCUUGUUUUGGAUUGUUUUGUUCCCCUUGUAUGACAAGAGAAAUGUUUUGUUUUCAGUACUGCUUCUGUAGUUUUGCUGUCUCAGAUCCAGUGAAAAAGAAAAAUUAAAAAAAAAUAAACAUAAAAACAAACACACACACACACUUAAACACACAAUGGGAAAACAGUGAGGCCUUAUGUGACUAAAAGUAUUGUUUGUACUUUGACUCUCUGGUCAGCACCCACACUCAUCCGUCCCGGUCGUCCCUCAGACUCUGAUCAUUGACUAUUACAUUCCAAAGAAUUGGAUCAAAUAAAUGUUUUAAGUAAAA